CCGAAUGCUAGCCAUCUUGGACAAACAAGAGGCAAACUAUAGGAGAUGGAUGACAGAACUCGAAGCCAAGCUCAAUCGAGUCACGAUCCAGCGACGCACGAUCAACAACCGUCCAGGAUUGGCACCGAUUGGUUCAUCAACACCGGUCGCAGUCGAAGAAACUCUCACUGCUAUGGAGCCAUUGCCCACGCCACCAAUAGCCACCAUCACAAUGACCAAUGCGCCAUCUGCGGCUGCAAAGGGAGGAGCCACCGCUAUGAAGACUGAGAAGGAAGGAGAUAGCGCAAGCAAAAACCGACGACUCAUAUCAUAUCCGGGUCGUCAGGAUUCUUCACCGGCAGCGCGGCCGCGAGUAUUGGGGGCGCCGACUGCUGGAGGGAUAAGGCCAGAGCCGGGGGGCUGUCAUCUCGCUUGUCGCGCCGUCACAGAUGAAGCCAGAGAUAGAGUUUAGGGCAAUGGAGGAAGCUGGCUCGCCUCCUAACCGACGCCGGGAGGUCUGCUGGGGACCGUAAAAAGGAAAGAUGAUGGAGGGCGGCGAGGUUCUUCCCGCAACCCCUAAGUCAUCUAGGGUGGGCUGCACCUAGGGUGGGCUGCACCGAACAGUAGAGGGGAGCGCUGUUGGUUCGAGUUUCAUGGGCCGGACUGGAUUUGGGCCGACGAAAGCUAUUGAUAAGGCUGCAGUUUGUGACAAAUGGGGGCUAUGGCCUGACUACUUGGGAGGUCUGCUGGGGACCGUAAAAAGGAAAGAUGAUGGAGGGCGGCGAGGUUCUUCCCGCAACCCCUAAGUCAUCUAGGGUGGGCUGCACCGAACAGUAGAGGGGAGCGCUGUUGGUUCGAGUUUCAUGGGCCGGACUGGAUUUGGGCCGACGAAAGCUAUUGAUAAGGCUGCAGUUUGUGACAAAUGGGGGCUAUGGCCUGACUACUUGUCAGCCAGGAAAGAGACCUGAUGGGUGAGGGAGAAAAUGGGUUGCAUUCUGUAAAAGGGUUUGGGCCACAAAUGAGUGGCCUGUCUAGAGCUCCUUUGUAUGGGGGUGGACUCAGGAAAAAAAAGGGGAUGGUUUU